GGGUACACCCAAUCCGGCCCAUUAUUCCGCGCAAAGACGCGCGCACUAGAAAAGCUCCUGGCCAAGGCGCUCGCGCCCGUGGGGCUGGUGCCCGCAUUGGUGUACCCCACGGCGCCGAACCGUUUGUCGGUGAGGGAUAUCCCGGGGUAUGAACCCCCGUCCUCUGCCGGAAAGGAUGGGGGUGAUGGGGGUGAGGGUGAGGGUGAGGAGAUGACGGACUCGUGGGCGUGGUUCCGCAAGGAUGAGGCGAGUGGGAGGUAUAGGCUUGUGGAGAGGGGGAUGGUCAGGUUGGCGGAGGCUAUGAGCGGGUUGAGAGGAGGAGGGUUUGUGGACGGGGUGAUUGGCUUCAGCCAGGGCGGGUGUAUGGCUGCGAUGCUGGCGUCUGCUAUGGAGGAGUCCAGGAGGACGGAAGCCGCCGCCGCCAAGGAGCAUGAGGGAUGGGUCAAGGCCGUGCGGGAUGCGAAUCGGGGCCGGCCGCUCAAGUUUGCUGUCAUCUACAGCGGGUUUUAUGCGGUUCCGGACGACCUCGCGUGGUUGUACGAGCCCAAGAUCCAGACUCCGACGCUGCAUUUCCUGGGGAGCUUGGAUACGGUUGUGGAGGAGAGCCGGAGUCGCGGACUUGUUGAACGGUGUGAGGAACCGCUGGUCAUGGUACACCCCGGCGGGCAUUAUGUGCCUGUCAGCAAGGAGUGGGCGAUGCCGCUGGCCGGGUUCAUCAGGAAGUGCCUUGAGUAA